UUUAGGAAAACUCAAAAGAGUCCCGACAUUAUUCAUUGGAAAAUGAAACUCACAAUUGUCAAUAUAUACACACCUGUAUUCAAUCAGUGCAUGGACCUGCGAGGCUUCAUCAUGGCUUUUCAACCAAUUCUUAAGCAACAUUUUUCCGAUGAAGCAAAUCAAGGCCUCUACUUGUCUCUCUGCUGCUUCAUCACCCUUGUGUUAGCUUUCAAGCUAUCAAGAGGAAAGCAAUACUCCAAUCUGCCUCCAUCUCCUCCAAAACUUCCCAUUAUAGGCCAUCUUCAUCGGCUGGGUCCUCUUCUCCACCGAUCCUUCCGUGACCUCUCUAAUGAAUACGGCCCUCUCCUUCUGCUGCAAGUGGGUCGAAUUCCAGCCCUGCUCGUGUCCUCUGCCGAUUUAGCCAAACAAGUCCUGAAAGCCCACGACAUAGAUUUCGCAAACAGAUUUCAAGGCGCGGCUGCCAGAGUUAUAUCCUAUGGUUGCAGGGACAUAUUCGCCUCAGACUACGGUGAAAGCUGGAGACAGAAGAGGAAACUCUGUGUGCUCCAACUCUUGAGCUUGAAGAUGGUUCGAUCGUUUCAGUUCAUAAGGGAUGAUGAGAUCCAGGAUUUGAUCAGUAACAUAAGAGAAACCUACUGGAGAAGCAAUGGAAGUUGCAGCGUGAACAUGAGUGAGAUGCUAAGUGCAGCUUCUAACAACAUAAUUUGCAGGUGUAUCAUCGGACACAAGUUUAAAACAAAAGAGAGCAGUAGGUUGGGGAAUUUGGCUAGGAGGGAGAUUAUUCAUCUUGGGGAUAUAAGUUUGGGAGACGUGUUUCCUUCGUUGAGUUGGGUUGAUUAUGUAACAGGGAAAGUGAGGAAGUUUAAGAGAAGUUUCGCAGAACUGGAUCGUUUCUUCGAUGAGGUGAUCGCAGAGCACAAGGCAGCGAAGAAGGAUGAUGACGAGAGGAAAGACUUCGUCGAUAUUCUUCUCCAAACUGGUCAUCAACUUGACUUUGAGCUGGAUCAGGAUAGCUUCAAAGCUAUCCUCAUGGACAUGUUCUUAGCAGGAAACGACACAACUUCAACAACUAUGGAAUGGGCAAUGUCGGAGCUGAUGAGUCAUCCAAGCACCAUGGAAAAAGUGCAGAAAGAAAUAAGGACAGUGGUGGGCAGCAAAUCAAAAAUAGAGGAAUCUGAUAUUAACAAAAUGCAAUGCUUGAAGUGUGUCAUCAAAGAAACCCUAAGAUUACACCCACCCCUUCCUUUAUUGAUCCCUCGCAGAACAAAUAAACAUGAAGAAGUAGGAGGAUAUGAUGUUCCUCCCAAGACAAUGGUGUUUGUGAAUCCGUGGGCAAUUCAAAGGGACCCUCAAGUCUGGGAAAGGCCUGAAGAGUUCGUUCCAGAGAGAUUUGAACAGAGGGAGAUUGAUUUGAAAGGACAAGACUUUGAGUAUAUCCCAUUUGGUUCAGGAAGAAGGAUAUGUCCAGGGAUGGCCUUUGGGCUGGCUUCCCUUGAUUACGAGCUCGCCAAUCUUCUUCAUUGGUUUGACUGGAAGCUGCCUUCUUCUGGGUGUGACGUGGAUAUGGGCGAGACAUUUGGGCUCGUAGUCAAAAAGACAAUGCCACUUUAUCUUCAGCCGAAACCCUACUUGGUUCCUAUGUAGUAAUAUGUUGGGCUUUCUGUUCGUUCUUGUGAUAUGAUGUGCGAAAACCUAAAUAAAAUGUGACGCACGUUGUUUAUGUUGAAAAUUUCAUCUUCUGUGCCAUAUACCUUGUGUUAUUUGGAUGGAGUCUUGUUUAAUUAAUGAAGAGAAAUGAGUCAAUAU